CCAAGGGCGACAGGGCGACAGGCGACAGGCGACAGGGGGCUAACGAGGGCGCGAGGGGCCGGAUCCCUGAAUGCGAGACCCUUGUACGAAGCAGAGUCACUAAGUCAGAGCGAGAGUGGGCUGCGAGAGGCGAGAGAGAGUGGGAGUCAGAGCGAGCGAGACAGCCCAAGACAGCCAAGACAGGCCAAGCUUGGGAACCCACGGGGGCGUCGGCGGCUGAGACACUGCAGCGAAUCCAGUUCUCCCUCGCCAGCGCCACGGUCCAGAUGCGUCGCAAGGCGCUGCUGAGCUGCCUCCAGGCUGACAAGGCAUGACCGAGCAAGUCUGCAUUCGGGUUGUGCAUCUGCAUCUGCAUCUAUGCAUCUUUCUGCCCUAUGCCGUGCGCGUGAUGGCCAUUGUCGGGUGCCGCCAUCCCGGACUUCUGUGCCGGAGGCGAUUCCAUCACCGUCGUCGGAUUGUCCGUCGUCUAGAACACGAGCUUCACGGCCUGUGGGUGCGCUCGACUCACCACCACCCGGCCCGGGAACUGCUCUCUGGCUGUCUCGUACUGCUCGCCCGCCGCCUGGGUGCCCUAUCCGCCGAUGACGAAAGGGCCCUCUCCCUCUCGUGUUGUGUUCCCUGCGUUCCCUGCCAUAUCGAGACGGCCGAGUGGUGCCAGGCGGGCCCCGUCGGACCCGUCACGAAGCUGCCCGUCCCCAGCAACGCCCACGAGAUAGCCGUAAUGCCCUGGGUGAUCGGCUCGUUCCUCCACUGUCUUCCCCCCCUCCUCCAGUCUUCCAGGGUCCACAUGGGGGAGCGCGACAGACGAAACAGGCUCGUGGUCAAAGCAUGGAGGGCAUGUGCGAUACGAGGCGCGCAUUCUAUCUUCAGAGGGCAAUUUCAUGCUUGAGGCUUUGUGCGGUGCCCGUGAAUGCCGCGAACCGCCCCGGAUGGUGUAGUGUUUUGACACAGCACGGCACAAAGGGAAAUGACCGGAGUGCCAGUCUGCAUCGGGUCACGAGGUGUCAGGCUUUGAGUGGCUUGAUGUUUGCCUCUGCACUAAAGAGGAGCUAUCGUAAUGCUUUGCAUUCCCAACAACAAAGCACCUUGUUAUUCACUUCUCACCAAGCACUUGGCAAGC